AUUUGUGUCGAUUCUGUGAUAUCCGCUAUAACUGCAGAAAAAGGAGGGGCAUCACGUGUUGAGCUGUGUGAUAAUUUGGCAGAAGGCGGGACUACACCAAGUUCAGGAAUGAUUUCAAUGAUUCUUAAACGAUUAAAGAUUCCUGUUAUGGUUAUGAUAAGGCCAAGGGGCGGAGAUUUCUGUUAUACUGAAGAAGAAAUCGAUGUAAUGUGUUUGGAUAUUCAACAUGCGAAAAAUCUUGGUGCACAUGGAGUCGUUUUUGGAAUUUUAAAGCCUGAUGGUAGCGUAGAUGUUGAAAGAGUUGCCAAGUUAGCUGAAAUUGCGAGUCCUAUGGAAGUAACUUUUCAUAGAGCAUUUGAUAUGACAAAUGAUCCAUUUAAAGCUCUUAAUGAUAUCGUCAAGAUUGAAGGUUUAGAGACAAUUGUUGAAUUAGUAAAACAAGCACAAGAUCGAAUCAUUAUUAUGCCCGGCGGAGGAAUACGUGAAUCAAAUUUAUCAAGAAUCUUAGCAGCAACAUAUUUACAAGAAAUACACGUAUCAGCUAGUACUACAAUAUCUUCCACUAUGAUACACAAAACUUCAAAUAUUCAUAUGGGCAAAGCUUUUUAUAACAGUGAAUAUUUAAUAAAUGCAGUGAGUGAGGAUAGAUUAACGAAGAUGAUUGAUAUUUCUA